GCCCAUUUAAAGUAUGUAUUGGCGAAUCCACGCCGAAAGAGAGAGCGAAAGGGACGAUGAGCAACAGAAGAAGAACCGGAGACGAUGACAAAGGAUUGCUCUGGAAACUUCCCCAAGUUAGGAUCAGAGACAUUGGAAAAGUUGGUCCAGCUUUUGGACUCGGUGUCGGUUGCGGAUUUGGUUUCGGCGCCGGUCUUAUCGGAGGUGUAGGAUUCGGACCAGGAGUUCCUGGAUUACAAUUUGGUCUUGGAUUUGGAGCUGGUUGUGGAAUUGGUGUAGGUUUUGGCUAUGGUGUUGGAAGAGGAGCUGCUUAUGAUCACUCUCGUUCUUAUUACAACGUUGGAAAACCAUCUCUGAAUGAAGUUGAUUCACUGAUUGAUGAACUUGUUGUUAGCACGAAGAAGCUUGUGAAAGCUACUACAAAUGAAAUCGACAAGUGGUUAAAAUGAUGAACUUUUAGGAUUUGUUGCAGCUUCCAAGUAAAUGGUAGUGUUUGGUUUGUUCUUAGAUCAAUAAUGUAGAUUUGGGGCUAGUGAUAAUCUCCUUUCUUUUUGUACAAUUUUACGUAUGGUAUAAAGAUGGAUUCGCAUAAUUUAGGUGGCUGAUUUAUCAUUCUGGUAAUGUGUAUGGUUUGAGUGCUGAUUUUUGGUGCUAUGAGUUGUUCUUUAUGGCUCAACUUGGAUCAAUAUGGAGGUUGAGUUUGAGAUUUUCUCUCAGUUUAAGGAGGUAGAAUAGUGCGUAUAGUGGCACAGUGAGCUCAGCUCUAGGGCCAAAGGGCAUAAAUUCAUUAUAGCUCUUUCGAUUCUACCGUAGUACUGUGUGUGAACCGGCACUGUGAACCAAGAUGAUUAAAUUUUCGUAUUCUCUAUGUACAUGAUCCUGCGGCUCAAUCGCUUCAGUUUCGAUCCACAUGAUGUAUAUGUUAUAGAAUUGUGGGAAACUCCUUGUAGAAAGAGUAUGUUCACGUCUAGGACUAGUCGGAUGAUUCGUUUCUCUUUUUGGUGUAAUGAGUAUGUUCAUAACUGUUGAUACAAUGUGAAAAUCUAACCGUUGAGCUUGGGAGUUUUACGUCUAUAUGAAAAUUCCGGUUGUCGUCUACAUUACGGUAGUAAACAGGACCACAGUGAUUCCAAAUGUCCCAAGGAAUUUACUGAAAACCCCAACUAGGACUGUGAAAGGCUUGUGGAUGACAUUUAACAGUUGAGAUUUUCAUGUGUUUGAGAUUCUUGUAACACAUUUUGCUGUAUAGGUGAAAGCUUAGCCACACAAAAG